AUGCUUUCGGUGCUACGCCAGGCGUCCGUGCGCUCGCUCUCCGCCACACGCGCACUCUCCACCACACCAUCCCGUCUAAAUGAGGUAGCCAGCUACCCAGACCCGGGCCCUAACCCGCAUGUGGUCGCACCCGCAUUCCCGGCUCGCCCGACUGGCUUGACGCUCCCACCCGCGCCUGCUCCUGGCAGGCCACCAAUCAUGGAUAUCCCUCCGGCGGAGGACCCCUUAUUGCAUUUUAUCUCGUCUAUGCUCAUGCGCGACGGCAAACGCCGCCAGUCCGACCGUCAAACGGCGAACAUGCUCCUCCACGUGCACGCUCUCACUCGUCGCGAGCCUCUGGAGGUCGUCCGGGAAGCCGUACGCGCCGCCAGCCCCUUCGUGCGGACGCGUCAGGUCAAGACGGGCGCCAAGACGUUCUACAUCCCCAUGCCGCUCUCGGAGAAGCAGCGCACGCACUACGGCGUCAAGUGGAUGCUCGAGGCGUGCAAGAACAGGCCGGAUAGGACGGUCGAGGAGAGGCUGGCGAGGGAGAUGAUCUCCGUGUUGACGGCGAAGGACCCGAAGGAGAAUAAUGUGCUGAGGAAGAAGCAGCAGCAGCACGACUUCGUCAUGCUCAACAGAGGGUCGAAGGUUCCUCGCCGCAGGCGAUAG